AUGGCACAGAAGACGCUGAAGUAUGUUGGAGUACUGACAGACAAUAGACUCAGGUACAAGGCGCACAUUGAAAAGGCAUAUGAGAAAGCAGCACGUGCCACGGCCGCACUAGCAAGAGUAAUGGCCAACAUUGGUGGACCAAGCCAAAAUAGGCGUGCGCUCUUGGACAAGGUGAGCCAAUCACUUAUGAUGUACGCGGCGCCGAUAUGGGGACCAGCAUUACAGCAAAAGACGUAUGCUAAGAAAACGAAGUUUGCAAUGCGGCUUAGUGCCGUUAGGGUCACAUGUGCAUUUCGUACGGUAUCACACGAAGCGGUUGGGAGCGGGCAUUAUGCCACCAGAGGUAAUGGCCAUGGAACUCAAAAGAAUAUAGACAGAUCUACAAGACUGGGCAGGCGGCUAACGGCUGAAGAACGGAAGGAUGAGAAGGAAAAAUGA